AUGUCAUCUAACAAGCGAAUUAAAGGCAUUAGCGUCACUCGACCUUUUUAUUUUGGCAAUAUUGCCAUGCCACUGACCGGCAAAAAGGCGGCGGAUUCGGACCAUACACACAAAUGGACGGUCAUGGUUCGAGGCAUCAACAAUGAAGAUUUAAGCUACUAUAUCAAAAAGGUCGUCUUCAAAUUACACGAAACUUAUGCCAAUCCCUUACGCACUGUUGAACAGCCUCCUUUUGAGGUGUCUGAAACCGGGUGGGGUGAAUUUGAGAUCAUGAUCAAGAUCCAUUUUCAAGCCGUCACAAGCGAGAAGCCUGUUACAUUAUACCACCAUUUACGGCUUCAUCCUUACGAAGAUGAUCCCAGUGGCAAACCUUGGCCUGCAGAUAGACCCGUCUCUAGCUUUAUCUAUGAUGAAUUGAUAUUUAAUGAACCCACCGAACAGUUUUACCAGAUAUUAUCCGAACACAAUGCGCUCACUUCCAAUUUACCCGCCAAAAAACCCAACAAAGAUAAUCCAACCGUUCCUCAGUUUAGCGUACAAUUGGAACAGGAAGAAUUGGAACGUCUGGACCACGCUCAACGGGAAGUGAAUAUGCAAAUCAUGCAGUUACGGCAACAAAUGGCGGCUAUCGAGCAAGACCGAUAUAAAUCCUAA